AUGGUGGCCACAAACGGUGCCAGUCUACGCAGUACGCACCGCCCCAGUCCUGCGUACAUCGGAUAUGCUCUUCUACGACGUCAGGAGUUGCCUCUACCGAUGAGGGGCCAUCUAAUCUCGUCAGGGAAUCAGGACGUCAUCAGAUUAAUCGGAAACCCGGAAACUCCCCCACCCAACGACACAAGGACUGCCUCUUCGUCUGCUCGUAUAAUUUGGCGCAGGUGUCGGACUAUUGCAUCGGAUGCUGAUCUCCGAACACUUCUGCUGAGGAGUCGUCAGAUCAAGUACGAUGUUAUCGCUAUACAAGAAACGAAGGGCAGAACGGAAACCAUUUUAGGAAAACCGAUCACAACGCAGGGGCUGCUUCAUGGUUUGGAGCAAGAGUUGGUGAUGGCAGAAUGUUUGGCCGGAUGGUCAUCUAGUAGCGACUCUCACAAAAUUCAUCAGUGCACGCCCAUCGCUGUUCUACGCUUGCUGACCAAAGAUCAAGGAGCCAUAUCCAUUAUCAAUGGAUAUGCACCCACCUCCACCGCCACUGACGAAGAACGCGAAGAAUUUUACCAGCUUCUGGAAGAUACGAUCAGAAUGAGAGAACUUACUACA